AUGUUAUCUAGAACCCUUUUAAGAACAUCAACACCUUUAAAGAUUGUAUCAAUUUCACCAAGAUGUCAAUUAUUUAGAUUUAACUCCUCUAAAACAUCUACCACCACCAGCAACAAUAACAAUAACCUUAAACUUGAUAUUAAUAAUGAAAUAUUCAAUAAAUAUUCUCAUCAAUUACAAAAAAAAGCUCAAGAAUUAGGUAUACCUAUUGAUGAAUUAAAAAUUAAAUUUCAAGAUCAAAUAGAAAAAGUGAAAUUAGAAUUAGGUGGAAUUGAUCCAACUAAAGAAUUAAAACAAUUUUUUGAACAACAACAACAACAACAACAACAACAACAACAACAACAACAAAAAGAUGAUGCUACAAUUAAAAUAAGAGGAAUUAAAAAUCCUCAAGCUUCUAAAUUACCUUAUAAAGUAUUAGAUGAUUAUAUUAAUGUUUCUAAAGUUCAAAAAUUACCUCGUGAAGAUAUUAUUAAAAUAUGGACUGCUAGAUUUAUUAAUAAUGAUCGAUCAUUACAUGCUACAUUAACUCAUUUACAAUUUUCUCAACUUUAUAUUAAUGCAUUUAAAUAUCCUCAAUUUAUAUUACCAUUACCAAAACCUCAACAAGAUGGUUAUGAAUUAGAAUUUAUUCAAUGGCAAUUUAUUGGUCCUAAUACUAUUAAUUGUAUGUUUACAACAUUAGCAGAAUAUAAAUUACAUGGAGAAUAUUCUUCUCCUCAUACAACUUUAACUUUCCAUUUAGAAUUGGCUAAUGAUAAAGAUCUUGUAUUAAUGAAUGGAUUUAAUAAUAGAGAAAGUGGUAUAUCAAUGGAUGAAGCUCAUUUAUUGGUGGUUAUGUUACAAAGAUUUUAUAGUGGUAAAAAUCCACAAAUGAAUCAAUUAUUAUAUGAAUUUAAUAAAGGUAAUAGUGAAUUUGAUAUUGAUUCAUUGAUUAAACAAGCAACUAGUGUAUAA